AAUGAACGUACUCUACGAGCUAUUAUAUCAGAAACCCACAAAGAUAAUGCUAUUAGGACCUGGAUGUAGCGUUGUAUCGUCAUUUGUCGGUCAAGCGGCUAAAAUGUGGAAUCUGAUAGUGCUCUCGUACGGCUCGAGUUCACCUGCCUUGUCGAACAGAAAUCGAUUUCCGACUUUCUUUCGAACGCAUCCGUCCGCUACACUACAUAAUCCUACAAGGCUAAGAUUGUUUAAGAAGUUUAAAUGGACUCGUAUCGCUACGAUCCAAGAGACUCAAGGAGUUUUUACAUCGACUAUCGAGGAUUUAGAAGAAAGGGUCAAGCAUGCAGGAAUAGAAAUUGCAGUACGAACAAGCUUCCUCACAGAUCCAGCAAACGCAGUUAGAAAUUUGAAGAGGCAAGAUGCCAGAAUUAUUGUAGGAUUAUUUUAUGAGACUAUUGCUCGAAGAGUUUUUUGCGAGGUUUACAAGCAAAAAGUUUACGGACCCAAAUACGUGUGGUUUAUUAUAGGAUGGUAUCCAGAUAAUUGGUACGCUGAAAAAGAUGAGAAUAUUAAUUGUACUGUCGAUCAGAUGAGGGAAGCUUUAGAAGGGCAUUUUACAACAGAAGGAUUAAUGAGGAGUCAAGAUGACGUUGCCACUAUAUCAGGAUUAACGUCGAAUAAAUUUAUGGAUAUGAUGGCAGAGAAAAUCGUUAAUAUCAGCAGUAAUCCAUUCUCUGUUACUGGCUAUGUAGAAGCUCCGCUAGCCUACGAUGCAGUUUGGGCUCUUGCUCUGGCCCUAAACCAAACUCAAAAUCGACUAUCAUUAAAAAAUCGUUCUCUGGAAGACUUUACCUAUUCGAAUAAGAAGAUUAUGGACGAAAUAUACGCCGCUAUGAAUUCAACUAACUUUAUUGGUCUAUCUGGUCGAGUGGCAUUUAAUUCGGAAGGUGAUAGAAUAGCUUGGACGCAAAUCGAACAAUUUAUAGAGGGAAAUUAUACGAGGAUAGGCCUUUACGAUAUUGCUUCCGAUAACCUGACGUGGUACGGCAUAGAAAAGUGGCUUGGUGGAAAAGUACCACAGGAUAAGACUAUAAUAGUUGAAGAAUUACGGGUCGUCAAUAAAGUCUUAUUUAUAACUAUGUGCUUACUAUCUGUCAUUGGUGUAAUAACAGCGGUUGGACUGCUAAUAUUUAACUGGGCUUAUAAAAGAAGGAAAAGUAUCCGAAUGUCUCAACCUCAAAUUAACAGCACUAUGCUAGUCGGUUGUAUAGUUUGUUUAUUAACGAUUAUCCUGCAUGGAUUAGAUGGAAGAUUUGUUGAUGCAAAGGUUUUCGUUAAAAUAUGCCAUGUAAGAUCUUGGUUACUUACAAUUGGCUUUACCCUUGCCUAUGGUUCCAUGUUUUCUAAAGUAUGGACCAUUUAUCGAGUUACGACAAGGCGAAAAAAGAAUAUUAGGCAAGUAAGAGAAUGCGAAUUUUAUGCAGUUCUUGGGAUAUUUGUGGCCAUUGACGUUGCUAUAUUAACCAUUUGGCAAGCGGUCGACCCUCUUGCUAGAAAACUGGAGCUCUUCCCUCAUGAAACUCCUGCUAAUACUCAUCUCGAUAUUCAAAUUCUUCCACAAUUAGAACACUGCGAUUGCAAAAUGCGCAAUACAUGGUUAGGUGUAAUUUUUGGUUAUAAAGGAAUACUCCUCCUUUUUGGUCUGCUGUUAGCCUACGAAACGAGGAGUGUUAAAGCCAAGUACGUUAACGAUUCCAGAUUUGUAGCCAUGAGUAUUUACAACGUUGUGGUUUUGUGUAUAAUAACGGCUCCGGUGACAUUGAUAAUUGGAUCCCAGCAUGAUGCCAGCUUCGCGUUCGUUGCAGCGGCUAUUCUACUCUCUUGCCUGUUGUCGAUGGCGCUUGUAUUUCUACCAAAAGUUCUCGACGUAAUUAGGCAUCCCCGAGAUGGUCUUGAAAGCGCCGCGUUAACCCCUGCUAGUACGAGCAGGGAAGACGAAGAAAAGAACAAACGUUUAAUCGAAGAGAACGAAUUGCUCAAGACGGAAAUUGCUGAGAGGGAAGCCCGCUUGACGGAAUUAAAUAGCAAACUUGAAAUGCGGCAAGAGCAGAUAGCUCAAAUGAAGGCUAUUACUCCCACUGCAAAUGGUAAAUCGGAAACUUUACAAGCAGAAGUGUACCUGGAAUCUUAUUGUUAA